GCAGUCAAAGCUAGUUAACCCCUCCUGCUCAGAUCACCGCCUGCACAAGCUAUGUCGUGGUGUUCUGAUCCCUCCCCGAAAUACCGCACUAUUUCCUAUCCAAUAUUAGCUCCUGCAGGAGAGCCAAACUCGCUACAAUAUGGGAUACAGGCACAUCCCGCCGCAAGAAUAUCUGCUGUCCACCAGGGUCCAGUCUCGACCCUAGAUGAUACUCCCAACUGGACAUGGCUGCCGCCGCAAUCCUAUCAAUCUAACAGGAAUAUGGCUUCAUCGCGCCAUCCAAAUCUUACCUCCCCCUCGAUGCAGUCAUACUGGAGCCCAAUGUCAUUCAUGCGAAACUUUUUUCUGUCUUUCACAGCCUGCUUCAAGUCUGAAGGCAAUGAUCCUCUCGAUAUUCUCGAUAUUAUCGAAGCCGAAAGGCAGUACGGAAUCUCUUUUCCUCGACGAUACAAUGGCAUUAUUCCUGAUCAGCAAACGCUGUCUGUAUCAGUGAUGUAUCAGAACGUGGAAGAGGGCAACAUCUCGUGCCCGCCAGUCAUCGAUGGCUCUCAAUUCGACUCAGACCAACGUCAGCAUAUUCAGCACCUGCUGGAUGUCGUGCGAGGUUGGGUACCAAAGUCUGACGUGGAAGCACUCUGUGGGCACUAUAAAAUCGAAGAAAGUGACUUCCUUGUUGUUCUUCCAAGAGAGUUUUCUUGAUUGUCCUGCUGGCAUUGUUCUCGCUCACAGACAGAGCGAUUGUGCUUUGUGAACUUUAAUUUGUCCUAUCCUAGCUAUUCUGUAGUUCAGUCUCGUUGCUCUUUUCUAUAACCUCUAUUGCUAAAUUAGUUGUUAUAAGAAACACUCAGAAUUUCUUAUAGAGAUAUCAGCCCAACCAAUAUUAACCUGAUUGUGUGACUUGGC